AUGAAGCCAAGUUCGAUCUGGUGGAUGCUCAGCAUCUUGCUGGCAACCUUCGUCAUCAUUGCGCCUUCGGUCCAUGCAUGGGAUCAAUCCGAUUUCGAAAUCUUUGACCUCGUUGACGAAUUGGAAAAGUCUGAAGGAAAGGGUACUAGCUUUUAUGGUUGGCUCAACUUGACGCCAAACGCGUCGCCUUCUGACAUCAAUCGAGCUUAUCGCAAAAUGUCCCUCAAAGUGCACCCUGAUAAAAACAAGCAUGAUGCCAAAGCCAAAGAGAAGUUUGCUCGCCUUGGCAAGAUUGUUGCUAUUCUUCGUGACAGCAGCAAACGUGAAAGAUACAACUUUUUCUACAAGAAUGGUGUCCCACGUUGGCGGGGUACCGGCUAUUACUAUUCUCGUUUUCGUCCUGGAUUGGGUUUUGUAUCCAUGUUCUUGGCCUUUUUAUUUGGAUUGAUGCAAUAUUUGGUGGGAUGGGUCAAUUAUCAUCAAGAGCGCAGACGCAUUGCAAGCUUUGUUUCGGAUGCCCGUCAGGCUUUGACAGUCAAUGUACCCAAAUCACAAGGCGCACCUACCUUGGGUCGUAGUGUCAUUGAAGUGGCAGGUCGCGCCAUGCGUUGCGAAGUCAAAUCGGAUACCUAUAUCAUUGUUUAUCCACAAGAUGAUGGUGAACCUAUUCAUCUCAACACUGAAUGGAUUCAGCGCCCAAGUAUCACUCGAAACGUCUUUUUAUUCAGUUGGCCACUAAGCGUCUACCGAAAGUUGACCGGCAAGAAGCAAGAGGAGGAUGAAGAAGUCUAUGAACAAGAGGAUACAUCCGAAGAGCAAGAACAAAAGGAAGGAGGAGGCAAAAAGAAAAAGAAAGUAAAGCGAGCUGAGCCUGUGCAAGUGACAGGUACCAAGGUUGGAGGUCGUCGUAGAGCUGUCAGGAAAUAG